AUGCCCAAGCCCCCCGAGCCGCGCCAUCACACCGCGACCCACUACGGCGCGGUUCCCGGUUUCAUCAGCAGCGGCCACGCCAGCGACGCGGGCUCGCACCGCGCCAGCGACGCGGGCAGCGGCAACGAGGGCAAGAUGCCGUUCGGCAGGGGCGGUGCGACCGUUCACGGCGAUGCCGUCCUCGCCAACCGCAAGAAGCCGUACAAGUCGCUCGGGUGGUCCCUCAUCGCGGCUGCCGCCUCCGGCAUCCUCAUCGCGUGCAUGGUGGCCGCGGCGGUGAUCCCCUACGCCACCGUCGGACCCGAUCACGACGUGUCCACCGACACCGAGAACCUCAUGCACGAGCACAUGGCCUUCUCGUUCGACUCCCGAGCGAGCAAGGGCAACCGCGCCGUGCCAAACGAUGAGGUCGCCGCGCUCGCCGAGUCCGACGAGCCCCGCGUCAUCACCGUCUCCCUCGAGGAUGCGCUCAAGACUGACGUCGAGGUUGAUUCCUACAAGGUCACCGCGCCCAUCGACGACGCCAGGGCGGCUUCCCUCGACGAUCAGUACCGCCGCGAGUCCUCCAGGGACCCCAACGCGGUCGUCGCAACCGUCAAACCCCGCGUCGCCCCCACCCUCGGCUCCGAACGCCAUCACUCCCACCGCAAGGCUUCCUCCUCUAAGCGCUCGCACCACCGCAAAACCGAGGCCGGCGAGUCUGCGCCCGAGGAGAAGGUCGAGCAGCCGCCGCGCAGCUCGUACAAGAUGCCCAUGCUCGACUGGCCCCGCGAGGUCAAUUUCAACGGCGAGGCCAUGCUCGCGGCGGAGGCUGAGCGCACCGGCACCAUCCCCGACGGAUGGCCCUCCAAGCUCGUCGUCGUCCCCGCCGUGUACAACGAGUGGGACAUGCCCGAGGGCGCCGCCGUCGUCGACGUCGUCCCCGAGUGGGCGCGCCCAACCUACGGCAAGAACAAGUACACCAUCGGGCCGCUCUACCAGCGCAGGUUCGAGUCCAAGCCCAACUUCGUGCCCAACCACUCGUACGAGACGGGCGUCUUUCUCAAGUUUAUCAUCGACAACUACGAUCAGCUCCCGGAUGUCACCGCGUUUGUGCAGGCGGAUUUCGGCUCCGCCGUGGACGACGCCAUGGAGCGCCUGGACGCCAUCGAGGCCAACGCCGAGAAGGUGACCUAUCAGCCCCUCGGCGUGGACCUCGCGAAGGACUCCAAGCUCGGCGACGAAGGCGCGGAGGGGCCCGUCGCCAACCCCAAGCCCCAGAUGAACUACGUCGAGCGUUCCCCGGCGGAGCUGGUCCAGCGCUGGAAGGCUCUUCAGUGGGGCUGGGACGAGCUCAUCCACGACGAGAAGAUGGGAGGCAGCGUCGGUCACUUGUCCCGAUGCUGGCGCCACAUCGCGCAGCAGUUUGUGCCCACCAAGACGGCGGACAGCGGUGACUCGGUCACCGAGGAGGAGGAGCUCAAGAAGACCCCGGUGACUGUCGCCACCUACCCCGGCCUCAACUUUGCGAUGUCCAGGGAGCAAAUCAAGAGCGUGCCCCGCGAGAAGUGGCGCAUGGUGUACGACUCGCUCGUCAUUAAGGGCGAGUGCGUGCCGCGGCCCGCGGGUGAACCCCGCGACGACAUCCGCGACAAGUUUGACCUCGCCGUCACCCUCGAGCACUUUCCCCACGUCGUCUUUGGAGGCAAGCAGCUCGACGACAAGGACGCGGGCAGGUGCUGCGGCGAGGAGUGCGUGCUCCGCGACGCCGCGUGCGACGCCAUCGCCGCCGCGAAGGAGUCGGAGAAGAAGCACUCCAAGCACUCCAAGCACUCCAAGCACUCCAGCAGGAAGGGUGACGACGCCGAGCUCGGCCACAAGAGCCACAAGAGCCACAAGAACGCCGUCACCUCGGAGCACGCCAAGGCCACCGCCGACUUUAUCCAGCAGCAAUUCGACGCCGACGCCAUGCGCUUCAAGGCGCACAUGGCCGAGGUGGCGUCCAAGCUCGCGCGCUACAACGGCUGGGACGUGGAGCUCCUCACCGCCGUCAAGCAGCCCCCCGCCGAAGCUGAGAAGGCCAAGGCCGCAGCCCUCGGCGCGGCGCCCGUCAGCCGGGAUCCCAUCCCCGAGCUCAACUCCCGCAAGGUGACCGUCGCCAAAGCCGCGGCUAAGACCACCACCGCGGAGCCCACCAAGGCGGCUACCGCGGAGCCCGUCCAGACCCUCAAGCCCGUGACGGCUGUCAAGGAGCCCGUCCAGACCCCAAAGCCGAUGGCGGCUGUCAAGGAGUCGGUCAAGACUGCCAAGAAGCCCAAGUCGGCCAAAGCGGCCAAGGAGGACCCCGAGAAGCCCGUGGACUGGGACGCCGUGACCGAUCAGGCGCACAAGUACGAGGAGACGGAGCGCGCCAACCGCAUCCGCGAGGCUGCCGCGAACCAGGAGCUCAUCGACAAGAGCAUGUUCAACGCCGCCUUCGCCGCCGCUGAUAAGGAGGUGGAGACUGCAGAGAAGGAGCUCAAGAAGGAUGCCGACCGCAUCAAGGAGCUCGAAAAGAAGCUCGCCGAGGCCGAGGCGAAGGCUGCUCAGGCUGAGAAGGCUGAGAAGAAGUACAUGAAGAAGUACAACAAGGCUGAGAAGGAGGCCAAGGCAGCCGCAGAGUUUGAGGAGAAGUUCUCGGCGAGGGCGGCCUUCCCCGCUGCGGAGCUCGCAAAGGCUGAGGGUAACGAGGGUGCUGCCGCGGCCAGGGAGGCGCGAAUCGAGGCCAGGCGGCAGGAGCGCAUCGCCGAGAGGCAAGUGGCUCGCGCCGCCUCCCGAGUGUAACUUACUACUUAAGUUGGACAGGUGGAACCUGUCAGACAAUACUCGCAACUCCAUUUAAUUUUAAGAUUGAAGAAAUCUCAAA